AUGGCGUCGGAAUCUGGCUUUAGUCUUCAUGUCACAAUUCACAUCAACCCUUCCGAUCUACCUAGAUGGUUUGAACUAUUUAAACCAGUCUACGACGCCGUUUGCCAGGAGUCUGAGUGUCGCUUUUUCGAGCUUUACCAAUCUCCGGGAGAGCCAGGAACCUUGCACUGGGUUGAGGACUGGACUGCUACUACCGAGUGGUUCAUGGAGACACAAAUGACCAAGGAGUACUACAAGGAGUACUUGGCGGAGACAGAGGUCAUGUUUGUUAAGCCGCGCGAAUUUAAGAUCUUGAAGCGUGUUGGAGCUCCGUAUUAUAUGGUAAAGGAUCAUUAA